UAAAACCCCUUCCCUUCCCGCAAGCCCACCCAAAACCCCUAAACAAAGGCAUGCUACUCCGCCUCAUCAACCUCCUAUCUCCACAGUCCACCACCGCAUGCGGAGGCGUUAGACGCUGCAUCGCAGUCUUACACGUGUCCCGCUCAUACUACUCCACCGGAAAAGAACCAAAAGAGAAUGAUAACGAUGACAACAAAGGCGGCAAAUGGUUCACUUUGCCUCCGUUCACUCCGGCCCUAAACGGCGCCGCAUUGGGAAAAGAAAUCUACCACGGUCGAGCCCUGACAAAAUCCGAUGCAACCACCAUCACGGCGCUCAAAUGGGUGCUCCGGUGCUGCCCGGAGCUUCCGAGAAGCCUGGUACAGAAGCUCUUUCGUCUGAGACAGGUUCGAAGAGAGUCCAGUGAUGUACAACGAGAACGCAAGCUCAAAAGGGUGGCGGCGAAGGACUCCAUCGAUGUAGGAGACCGAAUAUGUCUUCCUAUUACUGUUCGACAGCUUCCCCUGGAGAAACAAGACUGCCAUUUCAAUGAGGAAGAAGUGGACUUCGUCCGUAGCCUUGUGUUGUACAAGGAUCCGGCCAUUGUUGUUGUUAACAAACCUCCCGGAAUGCCUGUACAGGGUGGCGUUGGCAUCAAAAACAGUUUAGAUGAACUUGCUGCCACUUGUUUAAGUUAUGAUUAUUCAGAACCUCCUCGAUUGGUUCACAGGCUUGAUAGAGAUAGUAGUGGAAUCUUAGUGAUGGGAAGGACACAAACAAGUGCAACAGCUCUACAUUCCAUCUUUCGUGAGAGAACUUUUGGAGCAAAAGAUGACGUUGGCAAUGAAGAAAGAAUCCUGCAAAGAAGGUAUUGGGCACUUGUGAUUGGGUCUCCAAGACGUCCAAAGGGGUUAAUUUCAGCCCCAUUGGGGAAGAUGGUGGUGGACAAUGGAAAAUCUGAUCGGAUCACAGUCAUUGAUAAUGGCCAAAAUAUGUCAGCUCAGCAUGCAAUAACAGAGUAUAGAGUACUUAAAUCUUCAUGUCAUGGUUGCACAUGGCUAGAGCUUUCUCCUCUGACUGGUAGAAAGCACCAGCUCCGUGUACACUGUGCUGAGGUAUUGGGAACACCGAUAGUUGGAGACCUCAAAUAUGGAUGGCAAGCUCAUAGGAAGUGGAAACAUUUUCCUUGGCCUAAUCUUGAAAAGAAAUCAAAUGAGAAUGUAAGCAAAGGGAAGACCAUUCCCUUUGGCCUUGAUUUGGAGAGUGGAAGUAUCUCCGAGAAGCAUCCUCGCCUUCAUCUUCAUUGCAAGCAAAUGCUAUUGCCCGACAUGUCUCUCGCUUUGCGAAAUGUACAGUGUUCUUCAGACUAUGAUCUUUCUGAAGUAGAAAACCUUGAGUUGGUUGCUCCUUUGCCUUCAUACAUGCAAAGAAGUUGGGACAUUCUGAAUUCUUGAGCCACGAGCUUUUGGUUCUUUCUAUUGGUAUUCAUCGUCAUCAUUUUCAGUUC